CUUUUACUAAAAACUAAACUCAAUGGAUACUUAUCAAAGACCUAUCACUCCUCCUACGGAUCACAGCAAGGAACAAGUCCAUGGCACAACCAUUCCUACUGCCAACGGUGGUAUUACAACCAUCCCUUCUGCUUACGGUGAAAAGGAUAGCCUAUCUGACCCAUCUCAUCUUCAAAGACAACAAGAGAACUUACAUCAUAACAAUCGCUCUAGCAUGUCUUCUUUAGACACCAAUUCUCAUUCUGCUACCAAUGCUCGCUUGUCUGGUGGCUCCUUUGACUCUAAUUCUUCGGCUACUCAUCCCAACACCAAUGCUCGCUUAUCUGCUGGUUCUUUGAACUCUCAUCCUACAACUAAUACUCGCUCUUUGGAUUCAACUAGCUUGGAUCAAUCUUAUAACUCUACUACCAGUCCUACCUAUAAAUCUGGCUCCACUGGCAUGAAUCCUACGUAUAAUUCUGGUUCUACCGGUCUCCAUUCUGGCUCCACCGGUCUCCAUUCUGGCUCUACCGGUCUCCAUUCUGGUUCUACUGGUCUCAAUUCUGGUUCUACUGGUAUGAACUCUAGUUCCACUGGUCUUCAUUCUGGUUCCACCGGUAUGAACUCUGGUUCCACUGGUCUUCAUACUGGCUCUACUGCACCCAGUUCUACCUAUAACAACAGAAACUCCGGGUCUACAGGUUAUUCUGCUCCUAGUGCACCCCCCACGAGUACCUCUGCCAGCAAUCCUUUCAAUGACUCCCAUAGCAGUAGCAUUCCCUCUACUCGUAAAUAUGAUCAAGAUAAUCUCAGCCCCAACAAGAAGAGUUUCAACUCUGCAUUCAAUGAAGAAGGCAGCCAAAAGCACCGUAGUUAUGGUGGUCGUAAUGAGACUACUCAUCGUAUGGAAACGGAAGUCUUAUCGGUUUUACAAUGGAGAAAUCCUUUGCGCUCUGGUGUCUUAUUUGCCUUGAUUGUGGGCUCAAUUGUCUUGACUCGGUGGUAUUCGCUGUUACAAAUUGGUUCUACGUGUCUUACUUUAGCCAUCGGUAUUAACUUGAUUUAUGUGAAUUUGAUCCUGCAAAGUCAAAAGGUGUUGACGAAUCAUGAAGCGACGCAUCCUUACAGCGAUGUGAUUGACAAUGACCGUACAAGUAUGAUUGAUCGUGGAAGUGUUAACCAUUAUGCUACUGUUAUGACUGAACUCUCUGAGACUGUGGUGCGUGCUCUUACUCGUAUUAUCUUUAUCGAAGAUACCGUGACAAGUGUCAAGUGGAUGUCCAUCUUUUUCGCUAUUUGGAAGAUCUCUGCUCACUUUAGUACCAUGGAUAUUAUCUUAAUGGUUGUUAUCUCUGCUUUUACUUUCCCUCGCUUGUACAUCUCUAAUAAGGAAGUAGUCGAUGCUCAAUUCCAAAAGGGUCAAACCUUGCUUCAAUCGGGUAUUCAUAAGGCUCAAACCGCUGCUACUGAAAAUGCUCAAAAUACAUAUGUCAAGGCAAAAGCUUAUGUUGCUCAAGUUGGAACCACUGGUACCGAUGCUAAGAACACUAUGACCCAUCAUUCCGUCACUUUGAAAGAUGAUCAAACACUCUAAAUUAUUUUUUCUUCUAAC